AGAGAAUAAGAGAAUUAGAGAAUAAGAGAUUUGAGAAUAGAUGAGUUGAUGAAUUGUGAAAAAAAAAUGGAGGAAGAAGUGAAGUAUUUACAGGAAAAAUGAUGAAUUAGCCGUUAGAGUGGUUGUUGGAAUAUAGUCGUUUAUGGCUGUUGGAAGUUGUGGAAAGUAGCCGUUAUGCAUGGGCUAGAUUGUGCCAGGCGGGCCGCGUGCCAUGCUCGCGGGUCGGCCUACGGGCCAAACGACCGUGCCGACCAUCGUGCCCGUGCUGAUUUAUUAAAAUUUUGUUCACGGCACGGCCCACGACCCACUGUUAGGCCAGCGUGCCGUGCCGUGCCUAUGGCAAGCUCGUAUCGAGCUGUGCCACCACCGUGCCGUGCUUGUGCCGUUCGUGGGCCGGCACGGCCCAUGCCCACCUCUACUGUUAUAAUCUCGUUUUACCAAAGCAAAACGGGAGAGACGGUAGAAACGACGAGUUUAUGUUCAUCAAAUAGCAAGUGAUACCGAGACAGACUCAGCGAGCACUCAUUUUGCACACAGGGUGGAAAGAGAAAGAGAGAUCACUCCACUUCACACCGACACUCUCACUCCACAUAGUUCGCUGAGAUUGCUGGAAUCGAAGAAGCUUAAUCUUCAGCAGAAAAUUCAUCUAUUCUUUGUUAUCAUUAUUUUCAAUUAAUUCCCAAGAUCUCAUCCUUCUUUAAUCGAUUGUUUGAGUGAUCAGAGUAAUAGAGAAAAGGAGAAUUACAAUUAGAAUUAGUAUUGGGAAAUGGCGAAUUGGCCUCCUGCAAUUCUGCUCUUCGCCCUGUUAAUUCCUUUGCUUUUCAAUGCCGUUUCCUGUAAAACUCUUAAACGUGAUGUGAAAGCAUUGAAUGAAAUAAAGUCAUCGCUUGGAUGGAGGGUCGUUUAUUCAUGGGUUGGUGAUGAUCCAUGUGGAGAUGGUGAUUUGCCUCCUUGGUCUGGUGUAACAUGUUCUGUUCAAGGGGAUUAUAGAGUUGUUACGGGACUGGAAGUUUACGCUGUGUCAAUUGUUGGUCCAUUUCCCAUUGCUGUUACUAAUCUGUUGGAUCUUCAGAGGCUGGACCUACACAACAAUAAGUUGACUGGGCCAAUUCCUCCUCAGAUUGGACGAUUGAAGCGCCUGAAAGUUCUGAAUCUGCGAUGGAAUAAGCUGCAGGAUGUCCUACCACCUGAAAUGGGUGAACUGAAAAGUUUGACUCAUUUAUAUUUGAGCUUUAAUAGUUUCAAGGGGGAAAUUCCUAGGGAGCUGGCAAAUCUUCCUGCACUGCGGUAUUUAUAUUUACAUGAAAACCGUUUUGUUGGGCGAAUUCCUGCAGAAUUGGGCAAUCUGCAGAAUCUUCGGCAUUUGGAUGUUGGUAACAAUCAUCUAGUUGGUACAAUUAGGGAACUCAUACGCAUUGAAGGAUGCUUUCCUGCCCUUCGUAAUCUCUAUCUGAAUAAUAACUAUUUGACUGGAGGAAUUCCGGCUCAGCUAGUAAAUUUAAGGAACUUGGAGAUCUUGCAUCUGUCAUACAACAAAAUGACUGGAAUAAUUCCAUCUGCCCUUGCUCGUCUUCCUAAAUUGACAUAUCUGUACCUGGAUCACAAUCAAUUUAGUGGGAGAAUUCCUGACGCAUUCUAUAAGCACUCAUUCUUGAAAGAAAUGUAUAUUGAAAGCAAUGCAUUCAGACAAGGCGUAAACCCAAUAGGUGUUCACAAAGUACUUGAAGUCUCGGACACAGAGUUCUUGGUCUGAUUCAGAAACGCCCCUAUUCUUUAUCUGUCUCCACAUCCCACUCCCUCCACCCCCUCUCCAAACUAAAAAGAAAAGAAAGCUUUUACGGGGAGAGGUGUACUCAUUUGAGCUUGAAAUUGAAUUUUGGUUGAGGCUCCUAAGUGUAGAUGAAGAAAUUUGCACCCUUGUUUGUAGGUACAGAAUGAAAAAUGUAUGAAUGUUAGCCAUGAUGGCAGCAAUUAGCCAUUUGUUAUUAUUAAAGAAAUUAUAGAUACUGAUUA